UCGACUCCACUCGAUCGAGUGAACUGUUUUGGUCGAUUGCCUUAUUACAGAACUGCGUGAUAGGAAUAAUUUCUACGCGAGUACUUAGCGUGGAUGAAAUUAUACGUGCAAACUGAUUAAGAGAUUUCAUGACUUUCGACAAUUCGGGGUUAGUGGAUUUAAGCAUCUCUGGCUGUUCUGCAGGCCUCCGGUACAAGGUUGAAUUCAUUGGAACUUGAAAAGGUUUGGAUCGAAGUGAUUAAUUCCAAGGUAUCAUGUUUAAAUCCAAGAGGCUUAAGCGCCAGGCAACUAUUGUGAUCGAGCAUAAGUUGGCCGAAACCAAAAGACUGGAAGAAGAUUCCGAUAGAGAGAAAAACUGGAAGCGAUGGGGCCCUUAUUUAUCAGAGAGGCAAUGGGGAACAGUGAGGGAAGAUUAUUCAUUCGAUGGAGCCUGCUGGGACUACUUUUCUCAUGACCAUGCACGGUCUCGCGUCUAUCGCUGGGGUGAAGAUGGCCUUCUGGGAAUAACCGACAGACAGUGUAGACUGUGUUUUGGUUUGGCUUUGUGGAAUGAAAAGGAUCCUAUUCUCAAAGAAAGGCUUUUUGGCUUGACAGGAACCGAAGGUAACCAUGGGGAAGAUGUGAAGGAGUGCUAUUACUAUCUUGACUCCACUCCAACUCAUUCGUACAUGAAGGCUCUGUAUAAAUACCCACAGAAUGAGUAUCCCUAUGGUUGGAUCGUUGAUGAAAAUCGAAACAGAUCACGGCAAGAACCAGAGUUUGAGCUCACUGACACUGGUGUAUUUAAUGAAAGUCGCUACUGGGACAUAACCGCAGAAUAUGCAAAGAACACACCCAAUGACAUCCUCAUCGAAAUAACUGUAGCAAACCGAGGCCCAGACACAGCACGAAUUCACAUUUUACCAACAUUGUGGUUCAGGAACACAUGGAUCUGGGGUUGCAAACAUGAAGGAUGCACACGGAAGGCAAAUAUGAAACAAACUGCUCCCAACUCAGUGGCAUGCUCCCAUGAAACCUUGGGAAAGUACACGUUUGUUUUUGAUGUGAAUCCUGAAAAUGAGAUUCCAGAACUGCUCUUCACUGAGAAUGAAACAAACACAACGAGUCUGUUUAAUGUAGAAAACUAUACAACCUUCACAAAGGAUGCCUUUCACCGUUACAUCAUUAAUGGCGAGAAAGAUGCUGUAAACCCAAAGAAAAAAGGCACAAAAGUAGCUCCUUAUUACGUUCUUGUUGUUCCUGCUGAUGAGGAACGUGUCAUAAGAUGCCGUCUCAUGGCUGACGAGGAGAUUGUAACAGAUCCAUUUGCUGAAAGGAAUUUUGGAGCCGUGAUGCAAAAGCGAAUCAAAGAAGCAGACGAGUUUUAUAAUAUCGCAAUACCUGAUGGUUUAACUGAGGAGGAAACCCAAGUAUCUCGACAGUCGUAUGCUGGUCUGCUGUGGAGCAAACAGUUCUACCAUUACAUCAUCCAAGACUGGUUGAAAGGAGACCCCGAAACGCCGGCUCCACCCAGGGAAAGACUCAAAGGAAGGAAUUCAGAGGCAGAAUGGGCACAGUUGUUCAAUAGAGAUGUUGUUUCCAUGCCGGACAAGUGGGAGUAUCCUUGGUAUGCUACAUGGGACCUGGCAUUCCACAUGCUGGCGUUUAGCAAAAUCGAUCCACAGUUUGCCAAAGACCAGUUGCUGUUGUUCCUCCGGGAGUGGUACAUGGCCCCCAACGGUCAGCUCCCAGCUUAUGAAUUUGCCCUGGGGGAUGUGAACCCCCCGGUUCAUGCACUUGCAUGCCUUAUGGUUUAUAAGAUGACAGGCCGCAAAGGAGCGAGGGACGACGAAUAUUUAGCGCGAUGUUUCCAGAAACUUCUUAUUAACUUCACGUGGUGGGUGAAUAGAAAAGAUCCUUCAGGCAAGAAUAUAUUUGGCGGUGGUUUCCUUGGACUUGAUAACAUUGGAAUAUUUGAUCGAUCGAAGGAUUUGCCUAUUCACGCAAAUCUCUUGCAGGCUGACGGCACUGCAUGGAUGGCUUUCUACUGUGUAAUAAUGUUGAACAUCGCGCUGGAUCUCUCAAUGAAAGAUGACACCUACGAGGACAUGGCAUCUAAGUUUUUUGAACAUUUCACGCAAAUUUCAGACGCAAUAAAUGAAAUGUCUGACGGUGUUGGCUUAUGGGAUCCAGUCGAUGGAUUUUAUUACGAUCAUCUCACUUCCGAGACGUGUUCUUUACCAUUACGCGUGCGCAGUAUGGUCGGCCUCGUUCCUUUGAUGGCAUGCCUUGUGCUUGAUGACGAAUACAUGGAAAAACUUCCCGGAUUCAGAAAGCGACUCGAGUGGUUCAUGAAGAACCGACCAGAUCUUGCUUCUCAGGUGUCGUACAUGGAUGGGGAUGGCGAGAGCCAAUAUCACCAUUUACUUGCUAUACCCACGAAGGAUCAGCUGUUCCGUGUACUAACCUACAUGUUAGACGAAGAUGAAUUCCUGUCCCCUUAUGGUAUCCGCUCCCUGUCCAAGUUUCACGAGAAGAACCCCUUUAAAUUAGAACUAAGCGGCGAGGUUUACAGCGUGCAGUAUGUGCCGGGAGAAUCGGACACAUUCAUGUUUGGCGGGAACAGCAACUGGCGAGGACCCAUCUGGGUCUGCAUGAACUAUCUCCUCAUCGAGGCUCUGGAACGGUAUGAUUAUUUCUAUGGUGACAAAUUCAUGAUCGAGUGCCCCACUCGGUCGGGAAACCUGAUGCGCUUGCGUGAUGUGGCCCUUGAGCUCUGCCGGCGUGUUGUGUCUCUGUUUUUGCCAAAUGAACAAGGACGGCGGCCGUGUCAUGGUGAGGACGACAGGUACACCUAUGAUGUGUAUUGGAAUAAUCUGGUGCUGUUCUACGAGUACUUUCAUCCUGAGACGGGACGAGGAUGCGGAGCUAGUCAUCAAACAGGAUGGACGGCUCUGGUCAGUCGAUUAUUGGAGAAGCUGGCCAAAAACCGUUGACUGUCAAGAGUUUGUAACUCACGUUUCUUUACGUCGAAGAGAAGCAAAGAACAUCUUUGUGUAUGUGUUUGUCCGUUUGCCAUGAGUUUUAGUAAAGCAAGCCUCCUCAGUGGACACUGCACGGAUGUAGAUGCAGUUAUUUUGAUAAGAUUUAAACGGAAGCAGCGAGGGAGAUAUCGUAGUUCAUAUUUAACUUUAAAACGCACCUAUUCGAAAAGUUGUCUUUCUGCACAUCGGUGGUGGGAGGAUUUUCUUAAUAGGAAAACUGCGUUAUAAAUUGCGGUGUUUUUAAAUAAAAAUGCACAAGACCGGGAAACCUGGCUUGAGAGUUUAGAAGAAGUUGUUUUCAAAUGUUACAUGGAAAAAAAAAAAAAAAAAAAAAAAAAGGAUGACGACCAGAGACAAUGGUUUCUUUGGUGCGGUUUUACGGUUUUCCAGCUAGUCAAUUGAAUUUCAAGAAUAAGAACUUCGAACAAUUUUGAAACUCAUUAAUUGCUUUAUUUAAGUUAGGAGGUGUAAAAGUACUUAAGUGUUGUUAUAAAUAGGUAGGUAGAUAGGUAUGUUGCAGUUUGAAUGAAUUUUUCGAGACUUUUUGUAUCUUUUUUUUGUAAUAUUACUAAACCCUAGCAACGAGAGAUGUCAUAUUUUGUAAACGGGCAUUUACGUUUCUAUCAAAGAGAAAUACACAUAUUUCAGUUGAAAACCA